UUUCUCACCCUGUUCCUUCUGGUCCAUCACUGUCUAUAAAAAGGAGGAUCCCUGCCUAUGCUUCAGAGCUGUCAGAACAAGCAUACUGGGAACCUUGGGAAUGCUCCUGAAAGUGCUCUCCUCCCAUCUCCAAGGACCAUGGUUUCUUUGACUGUCUUCUUCAUUCUCAUCAUUCUAAUACCUGGUUUCUGCUUUGAAACUGAGAUGUUUGCUAAACAUGACAUUCCAAAUGCCUGCUGCCACACUUAUGCCCGCCGCCAGAUCCCAUACAGACUUGUAGUAGACUUCUACGAGACCAGCAGCCUUUGCCCAAAGCCAGGCGUCAUCUUCCUCACCAAUAAAGGUCACCAGAUCUGUGCCAACCCCAGAAGCGAGUGGGUACAGUCAUACAUCUUCAGUCUGAAACAGAAGAAAAAGACUGAAGAGUACUACUCCCAGAUAGAACAUUUUUACAGUAGUGUUGAACUUUCUCCACCUGAAGAAUAAAUAUGAUUUCUAAAACAAAGCUGUCUUAUGACCUCUUGACCACCCUCCUCCCCACAACCUCCAAUGUCCUUCCUACUGCUUGGAUCCAGUUCAGCCAAGGUGGUUUCUGCUCCAAGUCCCUCUUCAUCCCAGGAUUCUCUUCCAAUGCCAAUUCUCUUCAAAAUGUCACUGGUCCUGUUACCAAUAAGUAAAAGUCUGCUUGAUUACCAUGA